AGGAGUCUGUCAUGUGUUGGUUAAAUUUGGAAGAGACAUGUGAUCUUAACAAUCACAUGACUGCUGCGCUGAAAAAGAAACAGGAAGUAUUAGGAUAGGGUAUGCGUGAAGUGGUGAAAUUUCAGUUUUAUGAGAUAAAAAUGUGUCUUUUGUUCAUAUUUGGGUCUGCGAUUUCACUGCUGUUCGUGGAGGUGAGCGAGGGCACUACAUUAGAGACGAACCUGCCUUUAAAAGACGCGGAAUGGGUUAGAAACGAUGUGCUGAGGAGUCUCGCCAAACCAGAAGCCGAUGACCAGUCUCCAUACUCCCUCGGACAGUUCUCGCUGGGUUUUCUAGACCAGCUUGAGGUCAGCAACCAAUGCCUGGAGCUCCUUCAUAGUUUUAGCAUUAAAUGCGUUUCGCACGUAGACUGCACCCUGAGGAACGCCCGUCCUGUCCGGGUGUGUGAGAAUUGUUACCAAGACUUCAGCAACCUCCAGGAAGUAUAUCGCAAUAUUUCACAGGAAAGCCAGGUGAAUGUGAGCUGCAGAGACACUCUGCUAAGGUCAGACAGGCUGCAGGUCAUUGUCUCUGUUUACGAGUUUCUAAAUGGGUUCUGGGGCAAAUCUGAAUGUUCAAGGUGUUUAACUAAGGAGGACAGCAUUUCCAAUGAUACACUCAACUUUAUGAACGCACUCAAUCAGUCACUGGAUUGCUUUCAGAAGUUUCAACAGUCAGGAAACCUUUCUGAACUGUGUAAACAAUGCAAAGGAAACUACAGCAGGCUCAGUGAGCUGUACAGCCAGAUGGAAAAGAAUUUCACACUUUGCAUAGAUCUUGAGGAUGCAAUGAAUAUGACCCGCAGACUGUGGAGCAAGAAUUUCAAUUGCUCGUUCCCCCGGGAAGAGACGGUCCCCGUCAUUGCAGUGUCCAGUUUCAUGCUCUUUCUGCCUGUCAUCUUCUACUUGAGUAGCUUCCUUCACUCCAAACAAAAGAAACGCAAGCUCAUACCCCCUAAACGUGCAAAAUCAAGCAACAAUCUGAUGAACAUUCAAGACAAAUAAAGCUGAGCACUGAUCAAACAAAACCGUGGAAGCAGAAAACAUGGGAGUGAAGAGACAUUUUGUCAGUAUUAUGUGAAGUGACAUGUAACUGCUGCAAAAAUGUUUAAAAGGACAUAAAUGCUACCUUUUUUUGGGGGGGGGGGGGGGGGGGUGAGGUUAUUGCUUUUAAUUUAUAGCGUUAAAUCCUAUUCACUUUACUUGGCCUCCUGAAGCUGCCCUUUCUUCAUUACAAACUAACAAGAAGGUGGGAUACAAAUCUUCAGCAAUUUGGUAACCAGCGGCAAUAGGAUUAUUUGCAUUAUUUAAGAUUUGUUUCCAGAGGGGUCUUACAAACCAGUUUUACAGACGGGAGGGGCGGAGGCUAAAAAAGAUGAUGUUUCACAGUAAGAACCUGAGAUUCAAAAAAACAAAUCUUCACGUUCAUCUCUAACCACUAGGUUAACCUGUAUACAUCACAGCCAGUCAUUUCUGUUUUUGAUAAUGACAGAAACAUGGUGGAAUACAGAAAGUUUAAUGAUUGUGUGUUAAACUGUAUAUGGAAGUAAUGUAGGCUUCAGUAAUAGGGCUUUGUACACUUACCCUUGAUUACAUUUCAAUUAUGGCUUCUCUGCCCCUAUAGCGUUGGGGAUUUGAAAACGUACCAAAUAACAAAACAAACAAUAACUGAUAACUUUUGUUGUUUUCUAUGCAGUUUUAUCAAUAAGUAAUUACCAACAUUUUUUUUGUUAUUUUGUACUUUAAAACUAUGGUAUGUGCAUUAACCUGGAUUAAUUUUACUUAAUUAUUUUUAAAUCAAGCGUCUGUUUUUUUUUGUUUUGUUUUUGUAGUUAUAAAUUAGGACGUUUUGCCACAAGUAGUGUUUUUUUUUUUUUUGAGCAUGAAAUUUAAAAAAUGCAUAAUCCUCAAAAGGGCGUGUCAUAGAAACUACUGUUUAAAUUAUCAGUAUUUGGGAUUUGGUUAUUCUGUGCCAUUAAAGGUUUACAUUGUAUAUUUCUACAAAAAUGAACCUCUUUUUUUCCAAUAGAAGAAAUAAAUUGCUGCUUAAACAGUU